AUGUCUUUUAUGGAAACUGCGCACGACACCGAAACGGGUCGCCACCUCAGCUACCAGCGUAGCCGGCACGUCACCCACUCCAAGACGAGUCUGAUCAAGAUCGAGGGUGUUGACGACACCAACGCCGCCAACUUCUACCUCGGCAAGCGUGUCGCCUACGUCUACAAGGGCCAGAAGGAGAUCCGCGGCACCAAGGUCCGCGUCAUCUGGGGCAAGGUCACCCGCCCUCACGGCAACUCCGGCGUCGUCCGCGCCAAGUUCAGCACUCCUCUUCCCUCCAAGUCGUUUGGUGCUUCUGUUCGUGUCAUGCUCUACCCCUCUUCGAUAUAA